AUGACGUCGACUGAAUCGAGUACAUCAUCCACAACCUCUUCAACAACCACGGUGUCAAGCACAUCAUCCCUACUGGAAUCAGACACCUCGCUUUCAACUACCACAUCUUCAACUUCGUCCUCUACUGUAUCGCCGACUUCCAUGGGAUCCUCGGGUCUGACUUCUACCCCCGCCACAUCCUCAACCGGGACCACGUUUUCUCCGACAUCACCAAGUAUUUCUGGUCCCACUUCGAACUCACCAAGCGGACUCUUGUCAUCCACUACUGGACUUUUCGUCUUUAGUAACCUGUCCACAUCAUCAGCGACCGCCUUGCCAGUGCCGAGCUCGACCAUCAUGCCAAGCACAUUGCCGUCGGGCACAAACCUGCCCGACUCCAACAAAUACGUUUUACGCGGCUGCUUAGGUUCUCCGUCUGGCUACCUUUCCUUCAACCUGGUCGGCGUAGACCCAGAAAUGACCGUGCAGAGAUGCGUAUCGCUCGCCCAAGGGAGGCGAUACGCGGGUGUAUACUACGAGCAAGUCCCAAAAAUUGCACAUCUGCUGCCCCCAGCUCGGAUUCACUCGUGGCGAUGGACUUUCAAUUGCAACACCCCGUGCCCGGGACACAGCUCCCAGGUUUGCGGCGAAGUGAUCAGUCUCAACGUCGACGGACUCCGCCGGCGUGAUGACUCCGGGGAUCACGUGGCCAAACGCGCUGCUCCUGCAAACGUGUUGCUCACGCUUCUCGAGGCGAUCAUCGACGAGCCGAGCAGCACCGCACCCAAUGGACCCCGGCGUCCCUCCGGCCCUGACGGCGGCAACCCCGUCGGCCCAGUUCCGACCCCCGUGAUCAGCCCUCUCACAAGCGUCCUGGCCAUAGACGGCGCCGUCACCACCGUGGAAGGCUCGGUCACGCUGCCAGGCUUAGUUCCCCCUCCAGAUGUCACAGCCACCUUGCUCGUAACCAGGGUCGUCUACACAACCGUCGACCCCAGCAACCCGACAGCUCUCAUCGCAACGGAGCUUCUCACCACCAUCUACUUCUACGAUUGCGGAUGCCAAACCCAGGUCCUCCCAACAGUGAGCCUGGCUACCGUGGUGGCUGGUUGCAACAGGUGCGGGCCCGACAGGUCAGACAUCGUGACGCUCACCGUCCCGGAGCCUCUCAAGGCCGGGCAGCACGCCCCGUUAGUUCCAGGAGGCGAGAACGACAGAAGCGGAGCCGGAGGGCACCCGGGUUCCGAUUCCUCCGGUUCACACACAAGGUGUGUGAAAGACAUCUCAAGCGUCCCUUAA